AUGGUUAUUUUUAUUGUGGUUCUCUUUGUUAGCAUUAACAUGAUUGAGAUAACAAAUGCAACACAUUACAUCAAUUACGAUCCUUUGAAAAAAAACCGUGAUCUUGUAUGCAGCCCAACUCAUCCUGACCUUUGUAAAAAGAUUCCUGCAAAUCCAUAUCAAAGAGGUUGUAAUCCGAUCGAUCGUUGCAGAGGAGCUGAAAGCGAUGAUAUCAUAGAUAAUGAUGAAGAAGAUGAUAUCACAAAUAAUGAUGAAGAAGAUGAUAUCAUAGAUAAUGAUGAAGGAUAUGAUGAUGCGAGUUGCCCAGCAAUAAGUCCUAAUGGAGAAUUUUAAAUUAAUUAUG